AUGCCUCCUAAGUCCGCUACGUCUUUGCGCAAAGGCAAGGAACGCAAAUCUGUCCCUGCGGCCAACUCCACGACACCCUCUCCCAGCAAGCGCGGCGGGUGUAGGCCCAGGACAACAAGGUGGUCAAUCCACAAAGUGCUUAACCUGCUGUUUAUUAUUAGCAAGCAGCGGCCAGAGGGGAGCAAGAGGUGGGAACUUAAGCACUAUAACAUGCUACUCAAACUUCCUGUGCUGACUGGGCGUAAGAAGAUGCACCCCCUGCAUCGACUUGCGUUAGCCAUUGAUUGCAAUGUUGGCAAGGCAAUUGGAAUUCUUACAAUAAACAACUCACCUGCCCAAGAUCCCUUCAACAGCAAUCUCAACACGGAGUUUGAGCAGGCCAAAAGCAACAUGCAGCAAUACGGCUUUGAUUUCAACAUGUUGGCCAAUUUCAAGACCCCCUUGCUGGAUGAGGACACAUUUGUUGAUUUGGACUUGGACAAAGGGCCCGCCGCUGAUCAAGAUGCCAACAAUAAUGCAGGUGAUAGUGGAGCUGACAAUAGGGGCAAUGGCAAGGAGGUUUAUCAGCCAUCUGAGGCCAAUAGUGUGCCAGACAAUGGCAAGCCAGCUCUCAAGGCCCAUCCUCCGGCCCUUUGCAAGUCUCCCCCAUGGGACCUCCACAAGCUCUCAGGACCAGCCCACAAAGAACCAACGCUCUCUGGGCCCCCCUCUCCGAUGCCACCAGUCUGUCCACCAGUCAAGACACCAGCCCGGCUCUUAGAGAAGCCCUCAACCUCAAAGCCCCUGAACUCCUGCGACGCAGCGCCAUCCAAGUCUGUUGAGGGGUCCAAGAAGCGUAAGGUUAUCAGCAACAAUCAGGAAGUGAAGGAGGAACAUAUCGGCAAGAGGGAAGCAAAAGGGCCAGCGAGCAAGAAGCAUCAAGCUAGCGGUCCGAAGGGAGGAUCUUUGAAGUCAAAGUCACAGAACACAGCCGCGCUUGACAACUCCGUGAUUGAUAUCUUGUCUGACAAAAGUCCGGCACUCUUGAAUAAGUUUCUUGGUAAGAAACAAGUUGGGAACGUCUCAACUAUGACAAUCCAAGACUUGAGUAAGCAGAAUCUUUUGCUUUGUAACCAACUUGCUACUGCACGCAAUACUAUUCAGCAACAGGGACUCCAGAUUAUCAGACUCCAGUCUGAUCUUCAAGUCCAAGCUUGCGUUGAAGCCAAGCUUGCAAGGCGUGCCCAACUGCCUUACCACCUGCCCCCUGCGUUUAAUCCCGUUCCAAAUAGGGAGCCCCCUAAUCUCAAACAUCCUUUCAACCAACCCAUACUGGCCAUUACAGAGCCUGUCAACGCCAUGUUUGGCACACCGCACCUGUUGCGCGUCUUUGAUUCUGACCCUGGCUUAGAGGCAACUGAUGACGCAGCUUUGCGUUGA